AUGUAUGCAUCACCCUUUUCCAACAGUCAAGGGAAACAAUCAGCACCAUCUCAGUUUAAAGAGAAUGCUAGGAACGAAAUUUACAAUAAAUUACCUUCGGUUAGUGGUUCAUCACGACUGCCUAUAUCAACACUCAAAUCAUCAUCGUCAAUCAGAUCAGCGCCACUGCAAUUUUUUAAGAAAUCGUCAUACCAACCACUGCAUCGAUCAGCACAUACCACUUCUUCUUCGUCUUCAGCAUCAAUCUUUUCGUCUUUUGGUAAACGUUCAGUACGCUCAGCCCCUUCUAUAUAUUCAAGUUCAACUGGAACUAUUCCAGAAGACCUGGAACCGUUGACUGUUACCGUGGAACAACUUGUCAAUGAUAUAGUGCUUCAUGAGAGCCAUUUUGCCAAAGUAUAUGAAUCAAAACAAAUGAGUGUAUCUGACCCAGAAGAACUUUACAAAAUUUCGCUUGGCUCAAGCCUUGCUUAUCAAAACAAUAAUGAAAACUUGAUUGAUUGGAAUUUAAAUGUCACUAGAUGUAAGUUGAUGCUAACACAACUACCUUCAGUAUCAACAGCCCUGAAUGAAAUCUCAUAUAAUCAAAAUUUCCCUCCUCAAUUAAUUGGCGAUUUAGCCCAGCUUUGUCAUUUAAUUAUUAUACAACCACAUAUAUCCGAUACCGAACUAAUAUUCACACUCAUACAGUCCAACUUGUAUGAAGAGCACAAUUUGGACCUAUCUUUCAAAAAGCUGGUUGCUGAAAUAUCAGUAAAACAAUCACGUUUAUUACAAAUUAAUGAAAUACGGCAAAAUCAACAGCAUCCUAAUAUGCAAUUUAAUGAACAUGAUUUCCUUAAAUUUAAAUUCAAAGAGAUUGCCUUGCGAAAUUAUUUAAUCAAUUUAGCCGCUGCUGCAACUACAGCCAACGAAUACAAGUUUAAAGUCGAUGAAUUGAAAAGAGGAUUGAAAAUGGAAGGGAAAAAGAAGUUGAGUAAAGAUGAAAAGAAACAGUUGUGGGAACAAGUACGACUGGAUGUUUUUAGACGAGCAGGUCUUGAAUAA